AUGUCCAUAUGCCAGUUGGGAAAUAUGCAGGAGGAGGAGCAGCCUGAACAAAUUGAAGAUGAACCUCAGCAGAAAGAGGAACCGACUUGGUUAUCCCCAGAAUUACUGACCUCAGAGAAGAAGGUGGAGGUAGGAGGAACCCUGACCUGGAUGCCUCUGGUCCUUGUGGCUGAAGAUGUAGAUACAGUCAAGACAGAUAAAGUGGAUGGUGCUAAUAAUGGAGAUAGACAAAUCCCAGGAAACCAAGAUAAGCCCUCUACCAGUAAUCCAGAAGUCAUAAAGAUCCAGGCCUGGUGGCGGGGCACCCUGGUGCGCCGGACACUGCUGCACGCAGUAAUCAGAGCAUUAGUCAUUCAGCGCUGGUGGAAGAACAUCCUGACAAAGCUGAUGGAGAGGAGGCGGCGUGAAGCACUGGAGACCUUUACACAGAACGAGUGGGCGGCAGUCAAGCUGCAGUCCUGGGUCCGCAUGUGGCGCAUCCGUAGGCGCUAUUGCCGUUUGCUCAAUGCUGCCCGCAUUAUCCAGGCCUACUGGAGGUGCCACUCCUGCACUUCCCGGGGUUUCAUCCAGGGCCAGUACAGAGUCACGGCCAACCAGCUGCAUCUCGAGCUAGAGAUCUUGCUGGGCUCAGGGCCUUGCAUUGUGUCAGAGUGUAUUCCCCUCCCAAUAAAGCAGUGA